CUGCCGACGUUGGUAGAAGAGAAUGGAAAGGGAGAGGAGUCCGCAUUUAGUGUAGAUUUUUGUGAGAUAAGAUUGUGUAGGAGUGAGAAGCAGAAAUGAAGAAGAAAGCAUCGACCCGUUUGCUGAUGUGGGUUAUGAUUUGUCUUAACGCUUAUCUCAUAAUUGCAGCUGUGUCAUUGUUGGAGUCCAAUGACUCCACUUCUGUGUGCAAUGGCUCUGUAGAGGACUGCCUCCGCCUCCACCACUUGGACUCACAGCUUCCCACCGUCUCCAGCUCCCACUUCCGCAGAAUACUUGCCGGAGCCAAUGACCAGAAGACGGCGGGUACAGCAGAUCCUAAUAACCCCGCUAUAAAGUGUAAGAAGGCCAAGGAGUACACAUCAUGUCUGGCGGCGUAUCAAGGUCAGGACGCACAUUGUGGCACCUACAACAGGGGAACUAGGUGCAGUUGAGUGGAUGAAACUAUUUAUGUUCGAAUGCUUUACUUUCCUCCCUCCACUGUGUUGUUAUGCUUCGUCUGUGUGUGUGUGGAGGUAUAUGUAUACUUAAUUUACGGGUUUCAAAUUCAUUAAAAAGACUGUAACUAUGAAUCCUGUCUUAAUGUAAUAAUGGAUUGUUGUAUUCUAGUUGUACUCUUCAAGCUCAGCAGGAAUGAAUCUAAAUCUCCUGUAA